AAGUGUCUGAGGCCAGAUUUGAACCCAGGACUGCCUGUCUCCAUCCACUGAGCUAUCCAGUUUGCCCUUCCAUCUCUUCUUAAUAACAGCAAUAAUGAACAUUGACAUACUUUAAGGUUUGCAAAGUGCUUCACAACUAUGAUCUCAAUCUGAUCCUCACAACAACCCUGGGAGGUAGGUGCUACUAUUAUCUCCGUUUUACAGGUGAGGAGAGGGAGGCAAAUAGCAGUGACGGGACUUGCCCAGGGUCACUCGGCUAGUAAGGGUCUGAGGCUGGAUCUCCAGGCGCAGGACUCGGUGCCCUGAGCCACCUCGCUGCCUCUUUCCACAUUCCACACCAUGCUUUGCCUUCUCUCUGCCUGCCCCGCCCUCUGACCUGUCUUCAGCUCUCCCAGUGGAAGAAGCCACCCGAACCGGACUGACCCGUUGUCCACUCCGCCAACCCCCGGGGCACCUCUCUGACUGUACUUAUUGGAAACGGAGUUACCAGAGUGGGGGGAGAGCACCAGGCCCUUCCCCAGAGCUGGACUCACCAUCAGGAGCCCUAGAUUUGGGACCCUGGCCCGUGGCUCAGCCCCUAACUCGCUGUGUGACCUUGGGACUAGAGGAAAGACAAGAUGGUGGCCUGGGACAGUAGCAAUACCACCACAUCAGCCCCAACCUCUCUGCCCAACAUCACCAGCCCACACAGGUGCUUGCUUCUGCUCUAUGAAGACAUUGGCACCUCCCGGGUUCGGUACUGGGAUCUCCUGCUGCUAAUCCCCAAUGUGCUGUUCUUCACUUUCCUGCUCUGGAAGCUGCCAUCGGCUCGGGCCAAGAUACGCAUCACCUCCAGCCCCAUCUUUACCACUUUCUAUAUCCUGGUGUUUGUGGUGGCCUUGGUGGGCAUUGCUCGGGCCGUGGUCUCCAUGACUGUCAGCACUUCUGAUGCAGCCACUGUGGCAGAUAAGAUUCUGUGGGAAAUCACACGCUUCUUCCUUCUGGCUAUUGAAUUGAGCGUGAUCAUUCUGGGUCUCGCCUUCGGUCACCUGGAGAGCAAAUCCAGCGUCAAACGCGUCUUGGCCAUCACCACAGUGCUGUCCCUGGCCUACUCAGCCACGCAGGGCACCUUGGAGAUCCUGUACCCCGACUCCCACCUCUCCGCCAACGACUUCAACAUCUACGGGCACGGGGGCCGCCACUUCUGGCUCGCCAGCUCCUGUUUCUUCUUCCUGGUCUACUCGCUCGUCGUCGUCCUCCCCAAGACGCCUCUGAGAGACCGGAUCUCGCUGCCCUCCCGGAAGAGCUUCUAUAUUUAUGCGGGGAUCCUGGCCCUGCUGAACCUGGUCCAGGGCCUGGGCAGUGCCCUGCUCUGCGCGGACAUCAUCGAGGGCCUCUGCUGUGUGGACGCCACCACCUUCCUCUACUUCAGCUUCUUCGCCCCCCUCAUCUAUGUGGCCUUCCUCAAGGGCUUCUUUGGGUCGGAGCCCAAAAUCCUGUUCUCAUACAAAUGCCAAGUGGAUGAGGCAGAGGAGCCGGAUGUGCACCUGCCACAUCCGUACGCCGUAGCCCGCCGGGAGGGACCCGAUGCCCCCGUUGGCUCUUACUCCAAUACUCAGAUUGACACAGCAGCCUAUUUGGACGACGUGGUCUCCAUGCCCUGCCACGUGGGCAGCAUCAAUAGCACUGACAGUGAGCGCUGGAAGGCCAUCAAUGCCUGAGCCCUCGCUCCCUGGACCUCUGCCUCCCAAAGCGUCCCCCAGAAGGGGUUUGGAGGUCCAGUAGGAGGGCAGCCUUCACCUCCAACAUCUCUAGCCUCUUCCUCACCAAGACCAGCCCUCACCCCAGUGGCAGGCUCUGGGCCCCAGAUCUGAUUGCCCGCUCCCCAUCUUGGCUGUACUAGCUGGUGGGAAUGACCACUUCCCAGUUUCUCCUGGGAGGGAAGGGGAGAGCCGACAGGGUGAGUGCCAGCUGAUCCAGGAGGCAUGGGAGGGCUGGAGAAGCCUUUGCUUGUAGGAGAGGAGAUGAAGCUGAGUGGCAAAAGAGCUGUGCCAGGAAGGGGGCAGGAGGCUGGGAGACGGCCAAAGUCCCGAGGCCGUUGGGCUGGAGGGCACAGGCCCAGCGCGAGUCAAGACAGAGCUGGCCAAGAUGAAGAAGAGGAAAAAGCCGGGUGAAGGGAGAGGAUGGGUGGGAAGGAAGCCCGCUGGGGAUGGAGGCUUGAACCUACUGAGAAUGGGCAGAGGAAGAGGUAUCUGAAGGCCAGAGCUGGCUGCCGUUGAGGCCAUUAUUUGGGGCAGGUGUCCCCGUGCUGCUAAGUUUGGUGGCUAAGAUGUCCCAGAACCCCUCACCCUCUCAGACCUGAAAACUAGACAGGCGGCCCUGGGAGAGACUGCAGGGCCAGAUGUGUGCGCUUUGUGGGCAGCGAGGACAGGGGACUUCCGGGGAAUUUCUGAUCUCCUCUCUUCUUCCCCAGCGAGAGAAGAGCUAGUGGGACUUGGCGUGUGUGUGAUGGGGAGCCUCCGGGCCUCUUCCCUGGCCUUCAAGGGCCUUCUGGAGAUCACCCCAGGUUGGGCCGCCUCCUGUGCUGUGCACUUCCUGCCACGUUGGCUCUUGGAAGAGGUUCUCGUGGACGCUUUUCUGGCCACAGCGUUUAGAGCCCCGCUGGGUUGGGCCCAGGCUCUCGCCUUGCCUGGGCAUUGUGUCGGGGUCAGUGAGGGGGGCGUGCACCAGGCAGGAGACAGGCGCAGGGCUUGCCCUUCUGGCUCGAAUGGUUAUUUCCAAAUCUUCGCUUCCCUCUGAAGGGAGGGCUAGUUCGGGAGGCAUUUUUCCUACCCUCCUCCCUGCAUUCCUGGUUAAGGAACCCGAAGGCCCAUAAAUCCUGCUGUGUCUCUUCCCUAAUGCAUAGAUGUGGCAGCCGAGCCUUCCAGCCUGGGGGACCAUCUACUCCCUACAGAAGCUCCCAGCCGCCGCGGGCCUCCUUCCCCAGCCUCCUUCCCCUACUGUCUUCCACAACAUUCAGGCUGAAGGACGUCUUGUAUAGAACUGCUAAGUUGUGCAUAUUUCAUUGUUCUUUCUUUGUUUUUAAAAGAAGAAUAAGAAUAAGUGGGGGGAAAAUUGAA